AUGCAUUCCCAGGUCCAUUAUCCUUUUCAACAGCAACCACAUCCAGCCUCAUUUCCUGGUGCUGCAUCCUCUUCAAGUGAACCCAUGAUGGCAGAUGUUGAGCAGCUCUUUUUGAAUGGGCUUGUGUCUUCUGGAACAGCAAGCGAUUUGACUUUGGGAUACAGCCAUCAUCACUAUCACCCACUCUCGGAGCAUCCUAUUAUUGGCAUGGCGGGUAUUCCAUUACCGAUGACACCCAAUAGCUCGGAAUACAUGACGUUCCAAACGAGUACACCAUUCAACGAGGAGUGGAAUACCAUCACUAAGCAAGACCAUGAUACAACAACAGCUUGGAUGUAUCAUCACAACAACAAUCCAAAUGACACACUACUCCUUGGUGAGCCCGUGAUCAUGUCUGGUGGCAACGGCACCAGCUGCGAGGUUGACAACAACAAUCAUACUUUGCACGACAAUGACCUUUCCCAAUUUUUACACAUUCACCCAUCUCAUAUUCUAUCAACCUCUGCAUUACAACAAGAAUCACAAGAAAACGUGUCGAAUGAUGAUACAUUCAUCAACCAACUCAUCAGUGCUGAGGAAAACUUUCCGCCAUCAACACCGCCAUCCAUCACCACUACUACCAGCACGGCUUCUACUUCAACCGAGGUAGUAGCAGCGGCUGAUGUUGCCGUGAAACAAGCCAUACCCGAUAAAAACGAUGAAGACGAAACGAGCGAAGAGGAAGAGAAUGAAGAGGAGGAUGACAAGGACAAUGAUCCUGAUUGGUUGCUUACAACACAGCAUACUAAACGACACGUGCGCUCUUCAUUGUCAUCAUCACACCAAAAGAAGAAUACAAAAAGAACAUCGCCCGGAAGCAGAAAAAAAGCAACCCCUGCUCCACCCUUGCUGCCAAACCAUCCGGAUGGAAUCAUUUGUUGCACCAAUUGUGAGACUACUAAUACACCUCUCUGGCGUCGUAAUCCCAAGGGAGAACCAUUAUGCAAUGCAUGUGGUCUCUUUCUCAAGCUUCAUGGUAUGGUACGACCUUUAAGUCUUAAAACGGAUGUUAUCAAGAAACGCAAUCGAUCUCGAGGUGGUAAAAGUCGAAGCACAGCAUCAUCAUCAUCAUCAUCGCGUAGACCACCACCAAGAACAUCGAGUCGAAAACAACGACGUUAA